AUGGUGUUUGGAGAUCAGGGGGAGGAGAUAGAACUCAAAUUGAUGGCAUUGUAUGGAGCAGUUGGUGAUAGUCUACCUUCAGUUGAAGUUCACGAAGGUACUCCUAAAGACAAGGUCAAUAUAUUGGAGCUAUUCAAGGAGAAAGGCAUCCUCUUUGCAGUUCCAGGUGCAUUUACUCCUGGAUGUAGUAAGACCCAUUUACCAGGAUUUGUAGAAGAUUUUGACAAAUUGAAGGCCAGUGGUUUUGAUGUGAUUGCUUGUCUGUCAGUAAACGAUGCCUUUGUUAUGAGUGCUUGGGGAGAAUCUGCUCAAGCCACUGGCAAGAUCCGAAUGCUAGCAGAUGCAACUGGAGAAUUCACUAAGGCUAUUGAUCUUGAACUGGAUGCUACUUCUGCUUUGGGCAAUAUUCGAUCUAAAAGAUACUCUAUGGUUAUUGAAGAUGGGGUCAUAAAGGAGUUGAAUGUUGAACCUGAUGGUACUGGACUAACCGUCAGCUUAUCAUGUAAUCUUGUCAAGAAAUGA